GGACGAGCAUAAACUCGCUACGAAGCAGCCACUGCACCCCCCAUCCAUCAACCCCAAAGGUCAGAGCUCACAAGUCAGAGCCCCCUCCGUCGAUCGAUCGUGCUCGUGCUCGUGCUCUUCACUCACCGCGUCACCCAAGUCCACUCCCCAGCCAGUACUGUCCCAAUCCCCCGCGGCUCGAUCGACGACCCGCGUAUAUAAACCAUUGGUUGUUUCCCUCCACUACACCGGCCCAGGCGACCGAUUGAGAUGGCGGAGGAGUGGUGGGGCUCCGCACGAACCGGCGGCGACGCGCUCUCGGCGUGCUCCGCGACCCCUGCCGGGUCAGAGAUCAGCGGGACUUCGGGGAUGAGUUCGGGGCCUGCAGGUCUACCGGACUCCGCCGCAGCCGCCUCGCCGUUCUUCCUUGCUGAUCCGCAGAUGGAUUGGACGCAAUCCUUCAUGGCCGCGAAAGUAGGGGCAGGGGCCGACGCUCCGACGAGCUUCAACGCGUUGCUCCACCUGCAAGGAGACGCGAGCCGCCAGUUCCUGCUCGAUCAGGCGGAGCAUCCGCCUCCCGUUCUUGCUACCCCGUACACCGACCGCGCGGCGCAUCAGGGGUCCGUGUACGCGGACGGCCUGUACGGCUCCAGCUUGGCCAGUAGCUACGGUGACACGCAUGCUGCCGCGACGACGAAGCCGUUCUCGCAGCAGCAGCAGCAGCACCAGUUCCCAGAUUUCUUCAGCUCGACGGGGCUCUUUGGCGCGCCGGCUCCGACCCAGAGGGCACCGCAGCCUCUCCUGCAGGCUCUAGAGCCCAAACUCCUCAAGUCCAGAACUGAACCUGCGGCUCAGGACGCCUGCUCGUCGUCAUCGGCGACGAGAAGGAGCAGCGCCGCCCCUCCGGCGGCGAAGAAGCCCCGGACAGAGACGCCGUCACCGAUGCCGACUUUCAAGGUGAGGAAAGAGAAGCUCGGGGACAGAGUCACCGCGCUCCAGCAGCUGGUCUCGCCUUUUGGAAAGACGGACACGGCAUCGGUUCUCCACGAGGCCAUCGGAUACAUCAAGUUCCUUCACGAUCAAGUUGCCUCUCUCAGCUCUCCCUACUUCAUCAGGUGUAGUGGCGGUCCGGUGCAGCUCCAGCACAAACAGGCUUCCGAUGGCGACGCCGGCGAGGCAAAGGAGGAUCUGCGGAGCCGUGGCCUGUGCCUUGUCCCGGUGGCGAGCACUUACACGAUGGCUAGCGAGACGGCAGCACCGGAGUUCUGGCACCCUACCUUCGGAGGCACGUUUCAUUGAUUCUAAUAAGAUCCGUAGACAUGCAAGUAGUAUCUAGCACAUUAUAGCCACUCAGCUAGGCAGUUAUGCAUAUAUAUGUGUGUGUUUGUGUGUCGGCUAAGCAAUGUAUACUCAUGGUCUCAUGCCACACCACUAAAUCACAUUGUUGAAGCAAAAGCGAGAAAGGCUUUUAAGCAAUCAGCAAUGUGCGGACAAAGUCAAAUCAUGUGUAUAUAUUGAAUCGAAGAAAAACUGAAGAGCGGUAAAAAAGGAAAUAAACUUGAAAAGAAUUAUAUGCACUAGGAACUUAGUAAAACGGAACU